GGGUGGGGGGUUGAGGGAGAGGUGGCACACAGCCAGUAUAGAGGACAGGGAAAAGUUGUUAGAUAGCCUGAGAGGUGAGUAGGAGGAGGAGUCAGCUGCUUUGGGGGUCUCCACUGGUGGCGAUUCCUCCCGUCCGGCUGCCUCUCCUCUCCAAUUGUCUCUCUAGCCGACUGCUCCUGCAACGUGGCAGCCGUUGCAGUGAGAGUGCGGACUGACGGAUUCUCCUUGAAUGAACCCUGACGGUGCAGCGCGGUGAGAGUUGGCCGCUGAGCCGCCGCGCUCUGGGCCUCAGUGGGGCAGAAGCAGAGGCUUCCAGAUUCUACCCAGGAAACUGCUGAGGCUGAGCAGGGCUGAAAGAAAUUUCAUAAGUCAGGUUUGGAUCUUGAAGUGGUUUACGGUGCAGAUUUUGCAUACACAUGGAGGUCCGUGGGAUCUGGGUUGAUGCCCUGAGGCUGGGCCUUCCGCACGCAACCCUUAACCUGAUCGUCGCAGUACUGCUUGUUGUGAAGUCCGCUCAAGCCUUGGAGAUGUCUGUCGGCAAGGUGCCAUUCCUCGAAGCCGUCAACGGCAGCACAGUUAUGUUGCCCUGCACGUACUCCAGCUGCAUUGGCAUCGAGAACCUUUAUUUUCGAUGGCAGUUCAAUGAGAACGGAACCAUGCAAACGGUGUGUGACGCAGUGAUACCAUCAGAGGGGGUGGUGCCAAAGGUGAAGAUGUAUAAAGAGCGCUUCGAAUUUGUGGGGAUGAACCGGAAAAACAACAUUUCCAUCUUGUUGUGGAACAUCACCUUUGAUGAUGGAGGCCAGUACACUUGCUUUGGACGCAACCCCAAAGAAAAGGAGAAGAAUCAUAGCGCCAUCUUCAAACUAAUUGUGGUGGACGAGUUGCGGGAGGUGGACAACACGCUGACGAUCAUCAUCGCUUCUGCUGUUGGCGGAGCCAUUGCGUUGCUCAUGGGCUUCAUGCUGCUGAAGAACUUCACUCUCUUUGUUCUUUCCAAGCUUGAGGAGAAAAAUAAGGAGUGCCUUGUAACGUCAUCAGGGAUCGACAACACAGAAAAUGGCCUCUCAGGAUCGAAAGUGGAUUCGAAACCCAAACCUACAAAGCAGAAAUGAGGACGUGCAUGCGUUUGAAACCUUACGCGUGCUUUCAUGUGUAGGCCCUCAUUGCAGAAUUGUACGAUACAGUCAGGAUAUGUUUGGGGAAAAAAAUGUGCCUGCCUGGCUUUGAUUUUCAAAUGUACAUGCAAUGCAAAGGACAUAUAGAAGAUUUUAGAUGCUUUUGUCAAGCCUGCACAGUUUUACACCUAUAAUAUUUAACCAAAAGCACCUAAAUCCAAUAUUUAGACUUCCUAUGUGUCAAAUCUAAUUAAUACUCGGCGCUUUUCCAUAAAUUCAAAAGCACACUCUUUUAUUUUUCCAAGCACAUAUACGCUAAACAUGGCUUUACUCAUCGUUAUCAUCACUGAAGGGAUAUUUGUUUACACAGCAAGUCAUUUAAUCUUGACUGUUUAUGAUUCAAGUAUAAAAGUGGUUUAAAAAGUCUCGGAUUGUGUGACGCCACACAAUGUUUGUGCGUAUUGCAAAUGAUACUUCAGUUUCAAAUGCAGUACAUUGAUUUUUCAUUCACGAGAGAAAUGAAAGACAAUCUAAAGUAGCUUUAGCUAGGUUAAAUCUCUCUCUCUCUUGAUCGUUUGCGUGAUAACACAUAACGUAAUUGCUUUGGAAAUUGGCAUGUAAAAUUUUACGUGGCAAUCAAAAUGUACCUUUAAACAAAUGAGAGGGCCCCUGUGCUUUCUUUUCUUUGCUUGGAAUAAAGCUAGCACCUGCUUGUUGCAUCUUAGUGCCUCCCAAAGUGCGAACACUGUACUUGCAAGUAUUACAAAGAUAGAGAUGUUAUCAUUAGCUUCUCGCUUGAACUAGACAAUCCUCCCAACCACAGUGAAUGUCUUACCAAUGUUGCUGCUUUUAUGAAAAACAACUAAUGCAAUUCACGCAUGUGAUAUGAGUCGGCAUCUAGAACACUCCAAAAAGAAAACCAAAACUAGCUAUAUAUCUAUAUAUACGGUGAAAGUCAUAGCUUUAGCUCUUUGAGAUAAAGUAAUAAAAGCUAAUAUAGGAGAAAAUCAUAUUCAAUUCCUAUCCCAUGCAUUGUCUGUCAAGUCUUGGUUAAACUCUAUCCACUGUAUUAUUAUUCCAUGCCGAUGUUAGUUUUACAACUGUUUUUUUAAUAGUUCAGCAAAAAUAAAAAAUAAAAA